AUGUCAAAACCACCUAAGGACAAAUGCGUGGUAACAUUGGAAUGGGAAGCGGCGCCGCGCGGAGGAGAGAAGGCAAGAGCGGAACCCGAAGAAGUACUAAAAGAUAUCGACGAGGCAUGGCUGGACGGCCCGUGCCGAAGGUGUCGCUGCGAGCGCUCCUCGCUCGGGGCUUCGGCGCAGUGCUCCGUGACGGAGUGCCCGGCGUCCCUAGCAGCGAGCCAGUUCGUGCUGGAGCCCCGCCCAGUGCCUUUCGCUUGCUGCCCGGCGCUCGUGCACGUCGCGUGUAGGGACGGGGAGAAUCUAUACUCGGUGGGCGAGAACUGGACCUCCCCUUACGACGUGUGCGAAUCGUACUCGUGCAGCGAGGCGGGCGACGGCAAGCUGGAGAAGCUCACCACCGUCAAGACCUGCGAGACCAACUGCCAGCCGGGCUGGAAGUACUUCCCAGCGGAAGCUUCAUCAAAGCAGUGCUGCGGCAAGUGCAAGCCCGUGGCCUGUGUUGUGGAUGGAAAAGAACACGUCAUCGGCGAACGCUGGACCUCGAAGGACUUCUGCGCCAACUAUACCUGCGUCGACCUUAACGGGACUCUCCAAGUGCAAAGCUCCAACGAGUCUUGCCCCGAUGUCCCGGAAGCCGUCCGCAAGCAGUUCGUACUGAAUGAAGACAUCCCGCCCGGACAGUGCUGCAAGAAACAGGAACCAGUGGCCUGCCGAGUUGGGAACAAGAUCUACCAGGAGGGCCAGACCUGGCCAUCAGACGACCCGUGCAAGAACUUGACGUGUUCCCGCGACGUCACAGGGCGGUUAACACAUGCGGCCAGCGUAGAAGCGUGCUCGCGUGAAUGCAAGCGCGGUUGGGGCUACCACGCACCGCCGUCUGGCGUCUGCUGCGGCCGCUGCGUGCAGGAGAAGUGCUUGCUGGACGACGAGCUGGUGGAGCCAGGCACAACAUGGUACUCUGCCGACAACUGCACAACAUACACUUGCGAGAAGCUCGGCGAUGAUCUGCUGGUGACGUCAGCACGCGAGACGUGUCCCAACGUGUCGGACUGCGACCCCGAGGACCUGGUCAACGACACCUGCUGCCAGGUCUGCAAGGAGAAGCCCAUGGCGCUGAGCACGUGUACCCCAACCCUUCUGGCGGGCCCGGCUUCAGUGGGUGCCAUCCGCGCGGUGCUCAAACCGCACGGCGCCUGCUUCAACGACCGCCCGCUCGUCGGCUUCUACGAGUGCCGCGGGUCAUGCGACUCCGGCACGCUGUAUAAUAACGUGACGGGCAUCCACGAUUCCAAGUGCGAGUGUUGCACGGCCACGAGCUACGGCUCCGUGGACAUCUGGCUGGCGUGCGCGGACGGCUCGCGGCAGAAGCACCGCGUGGCUUCACCCAAUAGCUGCAGGUGCCUCGCGUGCGGCGCCAACGCCUCCGGCUGGCCAGAUCAAGCGCCACAGCUUAAUAUCCACGACUCCAAGUGCGAGUGUUGCACGGCCACGAGCUACGGCUCCGUGGACAUCUGGCUCGCGUGCGCGGACGGCUCGCGGCAGAAGCACCGCGUGGCCUCGCCCAACAACUGCAGGUGCCUCGCGUGCGGCGCCAACGCCUCCGGCUGGCCAGGCAAGAAGCCAACGAAGGGCGGCGUCGACACCAUAGACUACGACAUUCCAGAGAUCUAUCAGCGCAUGCGCAUCCCCGACGCCGGCGCGCGCUAA